CCAGCAGCCACCACGGCCACACAGCCGCUCGCAAGAUCCCCGUGUCCAUUCCCAACACUGCCCGCCAGACGCAACCAUCAGCCGCGCCGUGCACUCUCUGCUACCGCCCCGCCGGCGGGUAGCGCGUAGCGAGGCUUUCCUGUCUUCGGGUGUGGGGAGGGACGCGCAUCGAUCCCGUGGCCCGUCCAUGGAAGCGGCAGCGGCCGUGGCGUGGCGAGGCGGGGCGCUCGCGCGGGCACGACGGCCAGGCGCCAGGACGCGGCUCCACGGCGUAGGCGCGGGAGCGGGACCCGGCACUCGGCGGCGGUUCCCCGUCGCCGUGUCGUCGCUCGGGGAGCGCCCCUCAGCGCCCUCGCGCAACGCCGCCGUGAUGGUCGCACUGGAGAUCGCGCUGGUUGACGAGGGCGUCGCUUCUACCGCGGUCCUGCCGCCGCCCCCUGACGUAUCCUCGCCAGAUCCUGUGAAGACGGUGCAGGUAAAGUUCGUGCUGCAGAAGCAGUGCGCGUUCGGCCAGCAGUUCAUCGUCGUCGGCGAUGACCCGGCGCUCGGGCUCUGGGAUCCGACCAAGGCAACCGUUUUAGAUUGGUCGGAAGGCCAUGUCUGGACGGCGAAGAAGGAUUUGCCAGCGAGCAAGUCGAUCGAGUUCAAGUUCUUGCUGCGAGAUCCCUCGGGGCAGGUCUGUUGGCAGCACGGGUGCAACAGAACUCUGCAGAUAACCGAGACCUCCAACGUGUUGGUCGUCCACGAAGACUGGGAUGACGCCGAGUGCCAGAAAUUAUCGGAGGAGGUAGAUGUGUCGAUUGGAGCGGAUGUUAUCUUUGCAGGAAGUGAUGACCCAUUGUUGGAUGAGAAUCAAGAGCACAGCAACGGCGUGAUGACAGUUGUGAGUACCGAUAGCGAGAAGACAUCAGCUGUGGUUAUAGAUGCUUCUCUUCUGCCCAGGGAAAGGAUGUGGGUGAACGGAGCCAACCAGUCGCAGUCAACCUUGGACCAGAAGGUUCCGGAAGUGCUUCGCAGAAGAGCAAACAUGGUAGCACAAAAUGGCAAUCCUGCUGCUGCUGCUGGUGAUCAUGAUGGCCGUAUUAUCUUGUACGAGGAAGGUGCACCAGCAGGGAAUAGGUUGGCCGGCAUGUUUGAAAAUGACAUAGUUUGGAUCAGGAAAGCCCUGCAGCGGUUGCUCCGGAGCGUUGGUUUACGGAUUGGCACAAGAAAAACAUGAAAAUAAGCAUCAGGUAUAGGGUGCAGACUGCAGACUUACCGUUUUGGAGGAUCAUGGAACCCCUUAUUUCUUUUUUAUUAUCCUGCAAUCCUGAAGGAACGACAGUUGCAAAACCCUUUGCAGUUGCAGCUAGCAUCAACUGUUUUCGAUGCACACUGUUGCAUGUAGAAAGUCAGAAAAGCUGUCUAUACCACACCAGUUAUGAGUUACUAGUGAUCAUCGAUUUCUAAUCUAUUGUACCGAAGGAAGCCUUCUCAAUUGCAUUUGUUGCUAAGCGUAUGAAAAGAAGGGAUACCAAA